AUGACAGAAUUCACGCCAUCAAGCUCUGAGCAAAGAGUCUCUGAGCCCAUAGUACGCCUGGAUGGAUUCGUCAUCCGACCGCACAGCGCACAAGAUGCAGAAUCCAUGGCCCAGUACGCCAACAACUUAAAAAUCGCCAUGUGGAUGAGAAAUACCUUCCCGCAUCCGUAUACCAUUGAAGCUUCUAAGAGCUGGAUUGCCAGUCAAACGCCAACCUCAACGGACUAUGUGAUCUGUCGGGCUGAGGACAAUGUAGUCAUCGGUUCUAUUGGGCUGAAACCACGGACGGAUGUCGAGUAUCGGACUGUGGAGAUUGGGUACUGGCUAGGGGAGCCAUUCUGGGGUCAGGGAAUCGCGACUAAGGUUCUAGCCGCAUUUUCUAAGUGGACGUUCGACACCUUUGAGCAUAUCUUGAGAAUUCAGGCGGAGGUCUUUGAAGGCAAUGAGGCGAGUGGCCGUGUGCUGGAGAAGGCGGGGUUCAUGUUAGAAGGAAGGAGGAGAAGAGCGGUGGAAAAGGCGGGAGUCGUCAAAGAUGUUUUGAUUUAUUGCCGGUUUAGGGAUGAUAUUUGA